AUGCACAUAAGCAAGAGCGACGAUGAGUUUCUUGGUCAUUAUAAAGAGGUUAAGUGCUUGGAAAAUGGACGUUAUGAGAUUAAGAAGGUCGGAACAACCAUCAUAACAAAGGCAGCUAAGGAACAGCUAAGAUCAUUGCCUGUAAAGUGGUCCUCCAAGGUUGAUAUAGGAGAUAUACUUGGGUUUCUGGAGGCUGAGGAAGAAGCACGUCAGUAA